CAGCGCGAGACCCCUCAUAGCGUCUGGCCUGGAGACAGUGCAUGGCUCAGGACCCUGAGCCUCAGCUCGGUUACCCAGGGGCCUCCCAGUGGCUCCUGUAACAUCACACUCCAGGCCUUGGUACCAGGCUCACCGCUGGACUCUGCUGUCACCAGUAUGUGCCACCCUCCAUUGCCAGGUGGAGGCCCUAUGACUAUAUCGAAGCCUCCCAUAACCACCCUGCACCACCAGCCAGAGGGAGCAGGAUACUAAGGAGCAAGGAGCCAAAGCCCUUCAGCCACCUGCGAUUUGGUCCCAGCACUGCUGCUUCCAGUGUGACUGCAGACCCCCACGGUGCUGUCUUCUUGCCCCACGUGGUCUGUCCUCGGAGCCAGGGUGACUCGUGCCUGCCUCGGCCAGCCCCCUGGAGCUUAACCAACCAGCCCAAGUCAAGAUGCUCCUCCCCGCUCGGCUGCUCUGUGGUGCUGGAUUUGGGGGUGCUGGGCAGGGAUCCGAGCAAGGGUCCAAGAGGCUUCUGACUUUAUUCGGGAAACUUGGCAUGUGGUUUUUUUCGUGGGGACCCAGCCCUGGUUUUCAGAAUGGCCUGACCCCAAGCCAGACUACCAGCAUUGAGGGCCACUUCCUGUGGGUGGAGAAGGCUCUCACCUGGCCGCAAGUGACCCGGGUCAUACGAUGAAGGACAAAGCCAAGAGGGGUGGCUCCUUCCCAGAGCCCAGGCCUCCCGUGGGGGGCUGGGCAGCGGGCAUCAGCCACUGCACUAGGAUGGCACAGUGUGACUGGAGGCUCCAGAGCAGAGCCCGCCCCGCGGCAGCUCAGUGCGAGCAGCAAGCCCUUGCCUGGACUCCGGCCUGUGCGAGCUCUCGGGAGCUCCGGAGGGCGGCUUCUCCAAGUCCUGGGCCCCCAGCUUGACGAAACAGUGAGCAGUGGCUUCAUCACAGAGGGGCUGUGGGGCCACCCAAGGUCACCAGCGUGAAGGGCCCACAGUGAGCAGCAGAAAGGGGAGCCACCAGCUCCCAGCCAGAACUGGCUAGUGGGAGUGACGAUGCCAGAGAGCACGUCACUCCUGCCCCAGCCGGUCCCCCAGACCCACCUUCAUGGCACACCCAUGGUAGGCUCAGCUCUCAGGCUGAGUAUGGACAAAACCUUUCUAGGCCUUCCCUGGGCUCUGGAAUGAGCCACCAGCCCCACCCUGGUUCCACAGUCCUGCCCUGUGGCCCUGCCACCAGCCCUGAGUGCAUUGUGUCCUUCUGGGGGUCUGCCCCCACCCCGGGCCUACAGCGCUCUUCUAGGUCCCUGUUUGCUUCUCCUCGUCUCUCUGGAGAUCUUCAUCUCAGUCACACUGGUCCCCAUCCAAAUCACCCUCCACUGAGAGGGAUGUCCCCUGGCCAGGUCAUCCUCAGAAGACACAGUUGGAUCCCAUCCACACCCAGUCCUUUGUCCGGUCCCCCAAGGCUGGGAUCACAGACACAGUACGUCUACUCAGACUGCAUGGUGGGUCUGUGGAGACAGGACAUCACUUCGGACUGCACUGUGGAUCUCUGGAGACAGUACAUCACGUCAUACUGCAAGGCUCUGGGAGAAGCGGAUGCAGGAGGAGCAGCAAGGAGAGGGGAGCUGGCAGAAGAGGGUCCCAUGAUGACUGCUCAGGAGGGUCUUAUCUUGCCUCUUCGGCCACGCAUACACGGUAUACACAAGGUUGUGUCUUCUGGCGUGACGGGGUCGUCAUCGUCUGCACUGAUGUCCACCGCUUGCUGUGGGGACACGCGCUUCUGGAAGAGGUGGCGGGUCCAGGCGGGCCGGCGGUGAAACGUUCUGCUCAGGCAGCUCUGGAUCCUGCCCCGCAAGGCCUUCAGGCAGCUGC